UGCUCUUGUGGCAAUUGUGCUCUUGAUCGGCUGCAAAAUCCCGGGGAAUGCCUCUGCUGCAAGGAAAUCGAAAAGUGCGUCGAAUCACUUGGUGGUACCGCCGUUCUGAAUGAGGUGGAAAUCAGUCCCGAAUGUAUUACAUUGCAUCCAGGUUUCAGUGUCGUUUGCCUUAACAGAUGGUCUUUCCGAUCAGCCGAAAGUAAAUACAAAAGGAUAGACGGUACGAAGUAUCGUCAGACUGAUACAGAAGAAAAGUGAGUAAUGAUUUGCCCAUUUUUUCCUGUCAGAGCUAUCUCUAAUUGCUAAUUUACUGUGUUUUCCAAAAGCAACGUUAGCCGGCAAAAGCGCCCGACAGUUGCAACAGAAGCAGUGGUUAUUUGUUCAAACACCAUUUUAAGAGAAAGAUAAUCAAUCGAUUGUUUUUGUUGCCCAUUAUUUUGUAUAAUAGAGAGAUUUUACCUGACCCAUGAAACAGACAAUAAACAGCUACAAUUUAGAAGACAAUAGAAUUAUGCAUGAUAGCGUGUUCCAUUCUACUACCUGUUUAAUCGGUUGAGUAGAAUCACUAUAUUACAAAAAACAUAUGAUAAAGAAUAAAGCAAAAUGUACUUUGCAGAACCCCUAAAAUCAAACUUUUCUCUGGGCUUGGGUGUGUGUGUAUGUGGGAGGGGGGAAGGGGGGGUUGCCAGCCACACCAAACCCCACAUAAAGCAUUUUGAUCCCAUCUUUUACUGACUACUUUCAUCUUUUCUUACUCUGCUCUACUCUUCAACCCUGGUCCUAUUUUCAACUAUAUUCGACAGUUGAUUUGAUAAUGUUCAGUUCAUAAGAUGUUAAAAGAAAUGGGGAUUUUAGAGACACAAAGGAAGGGCAUGAUUGGAAUAGAAAUGCAUCUGCCACUGGUCAUGUGGUAAUACUGGGCUCACAGAGUUGAAAUACGGGGCGAGGUCAUGACUUGAAUAUUUAUUUUUAUGUCUUCAUUCUUUUACACAGGUUUCUUCGUGGAGUAGCCUACAGAGAGUUUAUGCAACUAGUACAUGGUUUUCUUGGGGGAAAGCGGAUUCCACUGCCAGCAUGUGCCUACCAUGCAAUAAGAACAGAACUUUCAGAAGAGAAUGAAGAAUUUGUUGGUUUUGAAGAUAAUGAAUAA